UUGGACCGCGCGUGUCUCCUCCCCUCCAGCGUCUGCAUUUACCGCAGCCUGUCCUGCUGCUUCUGCAGACAAAUGAAAAAGUAGCAGCGAGUGKGUGGUGGUCCACCUGUCCGGACACAGCUCGUCAAGUGUCAGCUUCUCGCCUUCAUUUAUUUAAUUCAAUAAAACAACUCUUUGUGGUGAACACCGACCUCUAAUUUCAGGUCGUGAAGUGCUACGCAAAGAAAAAGUGUGAAAUUAAACCAGAGGUUUUCACGUGUUUUUGAAUAACUACGGUCCGGUUUUAGCGUCUCCGUAUUUUUGCCAGCGGGUUUUUCGGCGGUCUCCAGCCCCCUCGCCCCGCUCCGGAUCAGCGAUGCCUCCCGGUGUUGUGGCCGCCCCACGCAGCUCCUCGGCCGGCUGCUUCUGCGCCUGCUGCGGGGUGAGGACGAGACCCCAUUUCACCGAAAACUCCGUGCUCUCCCAGGGGGAAAUUUAUCAGCUCAUCAGUGAAAGUUUCCUGACAGUUAAAGGAGCUGCUCUCUUCUUACCUCGAGGAAAUGGCUCCUCCCCUUCGUCUGCGUCUCACUUCUCCCAGCUGCGGAGUAAACAUGCAGGUGACAUCCAGCAGCACCUGCAGACCAUGUUCACUCUCCUCAGACCGGAGGACAACAUCAAGCUGGCGGUUCGUUUGGAAAGCGCCCACGCUCAGAUUACCCGCUACAUGGUGGUGGUCUCAACCAUCGGCCGUCAGGACACGGAGGAGAGCGUGGUGCUGGGCAUGGACUUCAGUCCAGUAGACGGCUCGUGUUCCGUUGGGAUGGUUUUGCCUUUGUGGAGCGACACCUUAAUACACCUGGAUGGAGAUGGGGGAUUCAGUGUGUCGACUGAUAACCGAAUUCACGUUUUCAAACCCGUUUCUGUGCAAGCCAUGUGGUCAGCCUUACAGUCCCUCCAUAAAGCUUGCGAAGUGGCUCGCUGUCAGAACUAUUUCCCAGGCAGCUUGUUCCUCACCUGGGUCAGCUACUAUCAGAGCCGGGUCUCGUCGGACCAGGCCCGCAUCAACGAGUGGAACGCCAUGCAGGAUGUGCAGUCGCACCGCGCCGACUCACCCGUACUUUUCUCCGAUGUCCCCACGGAGAGAGAGAGGACGGAGCGGCAGAUAAAAACCAGCUUGAGGGAAAUCAUGACGCAGAAGGAUUUGGAGAAUGUCACCUGCAAAGAGAUUCGAACAGAGCUGGAGAUGCACAUGACGUGCAACCUGCGAGAGUUUAAGGAAUUCAUCGACAACGAGAUGAUUAUCAUUCUGGGCCAAAUGGACAGUCCUACGGAGAUCUUUGAUCACGUCUUCUUGGGGUCUGAGUGGAAUGCCUCCAAUUUAGAGGAGCUGCAGAAGAGCGGAGUUCAGUACAUCCUGAAUGUAACAAGGGAGAUUGAUAACUUCUUCCCCAGUGUGUUUGAGUACCACAACAUCCGUGUUUAUGACGAGGAGGCCACUGACCUGCUUGCCUAUUGGAACGACACUUAUAAGUUCAUAUCCAGAGCAAAAAAAUCUGGGUCCAAGUGCCUGGUGCACUGUAAGAUGGGCAUAAGUCGCUCUGCAGCCACAGUCAUAGCCUACGCCAUGAAGGAGUACGGCUGGGAUCUGAAGAAAGCCUUGGAAUACGUCAAGCAGCGUCGAACUGUGACCAAACCCAACCCUUCUUUCAUGAGGCAGCUGGAGGAGUAUCAGGGUAUACUCCUGGCCAGCAAGCAAAGGCACAACAAACUGUGGCGUUCUCACUCAGACAGUGAUUUGUCUGAGCAUCACGAGCCGCUGUCUAAAUCUUACGCUCAGCCCCACAGCCUGGGCCGUUCGGACCCCCAUAACCAGGCCAGCAUGACACCGGGCAGCUCSGUGAAAGAUCUGCUGGAAUCACUGGGAACUGCAGCAGUUAUUGGAACAGACACCCAGGCUGGGGUCCGGUCCGGUCGGCCUGGCUCUUCUUCCUGUGGCGGGGCCUCGGAUCCAUCAGGUGCUGCUGAAAACGGGAGCCUCGACGCCCCCAGCAGGCAGCCGGACUCCCCCAGUUCUGUGUCUUCAUGUCCCCCGCUCUCUAACGGUCUGUGUGACUCAGAGGAGCCGCCCUCGUGGCCUCCUCUGCACCAGCCCAGAGCUGCCACCCUGGUGCCUGAGCCUCAGAGGACCGAUAUCAACGUUGCACAAAGCGUUUUGGUGGGCCAGCCUCACCCGCCUCCAUCCGUUCACCAGCUUCCCCUCUCCCCAGCUCCGGCGUGCGCCGACGAAGCCGUAGAAGCGCCGUCCUCUGUGAUAAAACCUGAGCCAGCGGAAGCGCCGAGCACGCAGCAGUCUGCGGUGUUCGUCGGGAACGCCGACAGCGACUCGUCCCCGGCAGGCAACGCGGCCCCCCCUCCAUCCUCGGACGACCCCGUCGGCCAGCCCAGCGCCGCUCCACCWGACAACGUGCUGCUGUUCGGGCACAGCGCCGAUCACAUCAACUUCUUCAGUGCCCGGGAGAAGUUCAAAGGAAUGAGUGACGACGGGAAACCUCCCUCUGCUGCAGUGCAGCAGGCGUUACCGCCCAAGAGCUCCACUAAAGAGCACCUGCCGCUGACUCAMCAGGGCCCAACAAGUGAGGGGAAUGAGGAGGAAAAAAGUAAGGAAAUGCAUUUUCCUGUGCAGGUCACAGGAGUGAAGUCCACUGAGACUCUCAGCCAGCCAGAACCUCAAAGCUCCCAUGACCAAGAAGUGACAAACCCGGAGCAGGAAGCUGAGGAUCAAGAAGUUUGCUCAUCGAAGGAGCAUAAAGCCAAGGAGGAUGAGGAGGGAGCGCCCGCCGGCCUCUACAGCGACUGGACCAGAGGCUCGGUGCGGCGCGUCACGCAGCAGCUCGAGCAGAGAAUGAAACAAGAGCACGAGACGCCGCCACCCUCCUCCGCUCUGCCGGCCCUCUCCGGGUGCGCCUCCGGUUCUCAGCGCCGUCCAAACAGCAUCCAUUCCACGUCCGUCUCUCUGCCACACGAGACGCCGGCGGUCCGGCCGGUGUCGGCAGCUGGUGCUGAGGGUACUAAGUUUAGAGAAGCUGUAAGAGAAAAUGCUCACGUGAAUGAUAAAAGCACAAAAGGACACAAACCUGCUGAUACCAGAUUACUCUCUACCUCUUCUGCGUUCCAACCCUCUCCGUCUCCGUUUGCCUCGGUGAACUUCCUGUGUUUGGAGGGCGUGACUGAGUUAGAGUCCGCAGUGGACUGGGACGGCUUCACGGAGGGACCCCAUGCCGACGUGGUCAUGCGGGACACGUGGGAGACUCUGUGUGAGCUGGGGACCUUCUUGGACCAGGUGGGUGGAAGCUGCGCGCCGCGGUGCGCCGGAAGCGCUCCGAAGCGAGGCGGCAGCUUCCAGAAGAARGCGAGGGAGGUUGAGGCCAGGAUUCGCCAGGCGGGCUUGACCCCGCCCUCUCUGAUGAAGCGCUCGGCCUCGCUGGCCAAGCUGGGCUGCCUGGAGCUUCUCGCCAACGACCUGAGCGAACGGGAGCUCAGCUGCUCAGCGCCGCCUCCGGUCCACACAGUCAGGGAUGAGUCCAAGAAGCAGUGGGUCCACCGCUUCGCUCCCUCAGACAGCCAGCAGCCCGAAACCCCGCAGACGACAGCAGAUAGACUUUCUAAAGCUGCAGAAAGCUCCGCACCUUCUGAUCCAAACCCACAGAGAGGAAAGCUCCUAAACAUGGGUCAGAACUCUCUGCAUUCAUUUGGACCGACACUUCUGACCACAAGGCAGCAAUAUGGCAGGACUCACCCUCUGAGGCAGCUAAAGAAAAGAACUGUUAGUACUCUGUACCACACCAUGUAACCCUCGCCUCAUGGGUCUGUGUGUGAGGGAGAAAAUCAAGGGCAGAUGUUGGAUUUGUUCAGCAAAACAAACCAAUGCCUUUUGCCUUAAAGGAUUCCUUUAGUAGUUUUUUUUUGUACAUUUUCUCCCCUUACAGGUCCUGUAAGACCCUUUGUGAAAUCUAUGAAGUCAGGAUGAAAGGAGUGGCAAAAGGCUGUGAAGGUUCCAAUAAACUGAAAAUAACACAAGAACUGAUAGAAAUAAAAYAAAAACAUAACUGACACACUUGUUUUGAAUGUGGACACACCUGAGCCUGUACAUACUCCGUGUACAUCACUGCUGGUUUCCUUUGUGUCAUUCUCAGAUUUACUUGAUGGCAGUUUGGUGCGAUGUGUAGCCUGUUUCUUUUCUUUCCAUAUGUCUCAGUUUGUAUUUGCUGGUUAUGCUGCUGCUGGCAAAUCACCGGACACUUGUCAAACUUUAGUUCAGUUCAUCUAAAUUUGAUAGAAAUAAUACUCAUAAGAUCUCUGUUUGAUCUUACAAACUUUACAGAUGGGUGUUUCUCUGCAAAAGGAGGAACAGGAAAUGAUUGUUGGAGUUUUGCAACAAAAUAAAUGUUUUGCUGCUCAACCAAAUCUGAUCCUCACAAACAUCAGGCGCUGGUUUCCUCCUGUGAUGUCCUCACAGUUCUGAUGCCACUCAUUUUUAUGUUUUACUGUAAGAACAUAUUUGGGGGCUGGGAGUUGAGGACAGUGUACAUGAGUUUCCUGCUGGUUUUUUUUUUUUUUUUUUUGGGAUGUAAAGAUCUUGUGAGUGCUGACAUUUUAGAAACUGCACUUUUUUUACGUUUUUGUUUCGAUGAAUGAGUUAGCAUCACUUCUGCGGGAGCGUACAUCUUUUUGAUUUGCGWACGGAUCUGUUUUUGUACAGGUUCAAGGAGUGUGUGCCUCUGACUGGCAAGUGAAUCUUCUCUGCAAUCAGAAAUGUCUGGACAGGGACGUCUGUCAUCCGUGCACUUUACUCCCUCUUGUUUUCAGUUUUAAUGUGGCUUUCUGGAUGUGGGUUUGCUACUUUUCGGGGAGCAUGCUUAGGAUGUAGUAGGUGUUGGUAUGUGUGCGUGUGUAUGUGUGUAGUCGAAAACAUUUUUUGUGGGGUUUAUUUUAAUUUGUCAUUGUAAAUAUUCUUUUAUAUCAUGUGCAUCAACUGUGACCAUUAAAUAAUGGAGUUUACUAAGA